AAAUUCAAAUACAUAUACAUACCAUAUAUUUUUACGAGCCACUUGUCAGUAUAAUGUGACCGAGUGUGUUGCCAUGCAGUGUAUCUCGGUUUUGCAUUUCAGUAUGUGAUACUACAAAAAGCAUGACCUUAACUGUGCCAAAUGAAACGACAAUGCAGACAGAAUUGCUGAUCAUGUGACAACCAGCAUCCGUAAGAACAUAGGAACAGAGGUUACUGUGUAGGUCGCUACUGCAGAGACAAAGGAAUAUAUUUCUACGGUUGGAUUGCUCAAGUGUAAUGCAUAGCUGUCAGCUUAACUAAUCAACUAUUUACAUUAGUCUUGACAUGUAUAAUGCCUUAGUUGAAAUUUGAACAACAGCUGGCUAUAAAAUCACCAAGCCGUACUCGGUCAUCUCGUGUUCCCUGUAGACCACUUCUAGUGGCGGCAGGAUCAUAGCUUCUGUACUCGAUGGAAGCAGUCGAGGAGAUAGCUAUAGUCGGUAUUGGUUGCCGAUUCCCUGGUGCCAAUAACAUCAGAGAGUUUUGGAAAAUAUUGGUCAAUGGAGAAAAUCAGGUCAAGGAUAUUCCAGGAGACAGAUGGAACAUCGACGCUCUCUACGAUGCAGACCCAGACGCAUACGGAAAAACCUAUGUCCGUCGGGCAGGACUUUUGUCCAACCAUGAUGUUUGGGAUAAUGACUUCUUCGGCAUUGCCGAAAAGGAGGCCUCCGAAAUGGAUCCCCAGCAACGUUACGUCCUGGAAUGUGUACACAUGGCAUUGGAAGAUGGCGGGAUCACCCGUACAGAGCUGGAUGGUUCGCCGACAAGUGUGUAUAUCGGCGCCAUGAACAGUGAUUCAAAGACGUCUAAAGACGGGGACUAUUCACUGCUGACCAACUACUCCGUGACUGGGGAUGCCGCCAGCAUAAUCACGGCUCGAGUGUCGUACAACUACAACUUGCUGGGUCCUUCAUUAACUAUCGACACGGCCUGUUCCUCUUCACUCGUUGCUAUCAACCUGGCAACACAAUCCCUGAGAAUAGGUGAAUCGUCGAUGGCGAUAUGUGGCGGUGUCAACAGUAUUCUGUACCCAGACAUGUUUGUCACUCUGACGAAGGCCCGGAUGGCGUCACCUACCGGUCAGUGCCAAGCUUUCUCCGCUAAGGCCGACGGAUAUGCUCGUGGAGAGGGGUGUGGCAUUGUCAUACUAGAGAGACUGAGUGAUGCCAUGAACAACGAUAGACAGAUAUGGGCGACCAUUCGUACGGGCUGUAACCAAGAUGGCCGGACUGCGAAACCAAUAACAGCGCCGUCAGAGGUCCAACAGAGACAGCUCCUUCGCGAUAUAUAUCUCAAUUCUUAUCACAUCAACCCCUGUGAUGUACAGUACAUAGAGGCACAUGAAUAUAUAAGACAUAUGCAUGCAUGUAUCUCUUCAGGUACCGGAACACCCAUCGGUGACCCCGUUGAGGUCAACAGUCUCGGGAGCUUCUUUAAAGACUAUCCAAUAUAUAAUGAUGACGUAAAGCAACAGCGAUAUAUCGGAUCUGUCAAAACCAACAUUGGUCAUCUCGAAUCCGGAGCUGGAGCUGCAAGUCUUAUCAAGACUCUUUUGAUGAUGAAGCAUGGAGAAAUAGUACCAUCUCUACAUUCACUUCCACGAAACCCCAAGAUUGACUUCGAGAGUUAUGAACUCGACGUACCUACAUCCGUUCACUCAUGGCCUGCACUACAAGAUGGUUCAAGAGCUGCAUGCAUCAACUGUUUCGGAUUCGGUGGCACGAACAGCCACGCUUUUGUAAGGCAAUGGGUUGCAAAGCCAACUGAUCCUUGUCAAGGGAAUGGUAGUGACGACAAACUGACCUGUGUACCUAUUUCGGCUAGAACUCAAACAAGCUUAGUUAACACGAUAAAGCAUAUGGUUACAUGGAUGUCCGAAGAACCAUGUGAUUUAAAGCGAUUGGCAUACACUGCUUCGUGUAAACGAGAUCAUUAUCGAUACCGAGAAAUGCUAAUCGGGUCCAAUGUUUCCGAUUUAAUCAAAAGUGGCAACAGUGCCAUAGACCGUAUAUCAAACAACACAGUUAUAUCAGGCAGAAAUUACAGGAUAGUAUAUGUGCUGUGCGGAGUUGGGACGGCCUGGACCAAAAUGGGAAUGGAACUUGUAAAAGACUUCUCUAUUUUCGCCGAAACAUUGAGAGGUAUUGACACGCAUCUGAUGUUACUGACGGGAUGGUCGAUAACGGACAAAAUCCGAGACGGUGCAGAUAUGGAGGACCCCUUCAUUAGCCAUAUUGGAAUAUUUGCAUGUCAACUUGGACUGUCAAAUCUGUUGAAUCACUGGGGUAUAUGUCCUGAUGCGAUUGUUGGUCAGUCUGUAGGUGAGGUGGCAGCAGCCUACAUCAGUGGCGUACUGUCAUUGAGUGAUGCCGUUAAGGUUAUCUACUACAGAUCUAGAUUGUUAGCAGAAACAUUGGAAGGGAAAAUGAUGGUGGUGAGAAACUUUAGUACCACAAAGGUAGCGCAGAUAUGUGACAGGGUUGAUAACGUCAAUAUUGCAGUACAUAUCAGUCCAGUUGCAUGUACACUAUCUGGUGAUAAUACACAAAUAAAGACAAUGAGAUCCCUAAUAAUAAAAGAAAACAAAACGACAAAUUCUGUACCAUUCCUUCAUGAUUUGAACGUAAAAUGUGCUUACCACAGUUACAAGGUCGACCAUGCAGCUCAGAGCGUUAAAGAAAGUUUGGAGGGGAUUAAACCUAACACUGAAAAUAUACCAAUAUUCUCCACUGUGACGGGGAAGAUAGCUGACGAUUUCGGUACACCGGAGUAUUGGCAGCAAAAUGUCGUUAAACCAGUACUGUUUCAUCAGGCUCUGCAAGAAUCUACGAACAACCAUUCAACUUUAUUCCUAGAAAUUGGUCCCCAACCAGUUUUGAAAGCUCACUUAAGGGAUAUAUUUAAAGAUGGGAAUGUCACUGCAAUUCCAGCUAUGAAAUUAAAUGAUGGUACACUACAAAUUCUUACAUUGCUUAGCGACUUGUACAAAAUUGGUAUCAAUCCACGCUGGGAACACAUUGUAGAAAGACACAACCUAACAGACAUUCCCCAGUAUCAGUUUGAUGGCAAACACUUGAUGGUAGAGUCGGAUUUCCGCUUCUUAAGAAAACAGGGCUUGGAUGAUGACUCCUCAUGGAGAAAUCUUAUGUUGACAAAGAAGGAAACAGCGGGGGAUUUCAAGGUAAAUUUUAGUCCAAACGCUACACCAUUUGUGUACGACCACAUCAUUGAUGAUGCCGUCAUUAUCCCUGGAGCUGCCUAUACUGAAGUAGCAUUUGAACUCGGUAUGAGUGUGAUGGAUGCAGCUGCGGAAAGUUUGCAUGUAGAGUACGAUAUCAUCAAAGCAAUCCCCUUGUUCAAGGGUACACCCUCUUAUCUUGAUAUGACAUCUGAGAAAAUAGAAACUAAUGAUGGUUUUAUGGAUAUCGAGUUCACAAUAACAAAGGAUGAAAUGCCUUUUGCUAAAGGAACCGUUACUAACAGAAAUUAUACUCAAAUGUCAGUCGUCCCUAUUGAUGAUUUAUGCAAACACGAUGGCAAACAUAUGAAAUGUAAGGAAAUAUACAAAGAGUUGGCAAAGCAUGGCUACAAAUACGGCCCAUCAGUCCAGGUCCUUGAAUCUAUUACAUUUAACAAAGAUGAAUGCACUGCUUACCUAUCUCUCACUGCAGAUGUAGCACGACAAAUAAAUAAAACGUCCUUCCACCCUGCUGUUCUAGACGCCAUGCUGCAUUCGAGCGCUCUGAGUUUUCUUUCUGAUCAAAAGACAUCUUCUUACAAAAUCUACCCUAUUCGUAUUGGUAGAGUUUCUGUAUUCAGAUCAUUUGAGAAACAAAUGAUAUGUUAUACAAGAGUAAUAAAAGAAGUUUAUGAUAGGAGCAUCACCAACAUCAUUCUCACUCGAAUGGAUGGUCUAGUUCUGGCUGAAGUUAGGGAUAUCGAGCAUCGGAUUAUAGAUGGUACCAUAGGGGUAAACGCUGUGACAUAUCAGGUCGUCUGGACUUUGGCAGAUAUUUCUACAGUUUUCGACGAAUCACCAGGUGAUGAUGAAUCAUAUGAAAAUGUGACAAUUUGUUACGAAGAUCGCAGCGUUCAUGACACACUGAGGACAAUAUACCCACGAGGAGAAUCCUUUCGGCUGAGCGAUGUGGCAGAGGACCCCACGUCGAUGAUAUCAGCAGCAGACACUAAAGGCGUGGGUACGGUGCUAUUUGUUCCAGAUUCUAGCGUUGUUCAGCGAAUCAAAAGUGGCUAUGAUGUGUUUCAUUGUGAGUGCAGAAACUGCGAGGCAUUUCUUAACAUAAUGAAGAGACUAAAAACCACUGAGAAAAAUAUAAUAAUAGUGACAGAGAACACACAACAUGGUGGCGGAAACACUAAUACAAACAGGAGUGUAUUUGGUGCUGAAUUAUGGGGGUUCACCAGAUCUCUGCGACAGGAGGGAACAAAAUGCCGGAUGGUCCUGAUUGAUGUACAGCCGUCUAUUGCCGAUAAAAUAGGGAAACUGUAUCAAACGAUCCAAUACGUUACGUACACCGAUACUUCAUUAUCGGAAUGUCUAAUCACUGAUGGACAGGUAUAUAGUAACUUCCUACAGCGAACCCCACGAAGUGCUUUACAAAUCGAUCACAGAAUUCUUGAUACAGAUGCACACCUUGACCUGCAGUUACGGUAUACCAAGCCGGACAGAAUCGUAUGUCCGUUUCUGAUACCUGGUGAUGCCAUAUGCACAUCCAGGAAGAAUGAAGUAAUCCUUCAUGUUGAUGAAUUGUGUAUGCAUACGCCAAGUGAAUUUUGUGUGACGGAAGUUGAUUCCAGUCUCCACAAACCCCUUUGGGCAGAUUACAAAGACAGGUAUCCAGUUAUAGGCUUAGGAUUCUUACGCACACUGCGUGGUUCAAAGGAAUCGAAACGGGCAGUUGCGUGCUACCCAACGAGAGUUGCAAAUCGGAUAUCUGUACCAGAACAAUGUGUGUGUGAUCUCGAAAGCUUGCCAAUGUACACACCUGGACUUAUAACCAAGUCAAUGCUAAUGUGGUCUCUCACGUAAACGGUCCCAGCCAAAUCUGAAGUUUUUAUUAUCACGGACUCGGACCCCUCUGAUGACAUAGCAGUUAUCCUUCUAUGUGUCAUGCUGAAGACAGUUAAGCAAAACCAUGUCCAAAUUGAAUCAAUAAACACUUUGGAUGGUGUGUAUGAGCACGAGAAUAGCGUGUUUGUGUUACUAGACAAAUAUUCCCUAUCCCAAAUAGCGUGCAUUUUACGAUCAGGAAAUACCAUUGUGGGUUAUGAUGAUGUCAUGUCCUGCCUGUCGAAUCAUGCAAUCCAGCUACGUACCAAGCAAAUUCAUGUUGAUAUCAUUAAUCGCACUAACGUUUUCGAUGUAAAAUGCAUUAUUUCUACUUUCCAAAAAGUUGUGCGAUGGUUGAAACGUCAAUCAAAACGACAUGGUCUGUGUAAUAAAGUCAGAAAAGCACAAACAGUGCCGACAAUUAGACUUUAUAACGGAAAAGGUGAUACAACGGGGGAAAUCAACACGAAGGCAAUGGAAGACAGACUUAUUCACUACAGUGCAGCAUACGUGGUUAUUGGUGGAAUGACAGGCCUCGGCUGGGAGAUUGUCAAGUGGCUUGGUUGUAAAGGUGCUGGCGUUGUUGUGCCGUUAUCAAGAAAAGGUUAUAAUCCACAAAUGGUUGCACAGCUUCAGAACGCAAUGGACAUACACAAGUAUACAAUUGUACCAAUGAGUUGCAAUGUUGCUAAUUAUGCUGAUGUUGAGAAAACUUUUUCUGCCAUCAAGACAUAAUUCCCAAAUCAUCCAAUCAAGGGUAUAUUCCAGGGGGCAGGAGUGCUGAGAGAUACCCGCAUUGAAACGAUGACAAUGGAGAAGUUCAAAGAAGUGUUGCAGCCAAAGGUUUUAGGUACAUGGAACCUACACAUUGCAUCAAAGGACUUACGUUUGGAUUUCUUUGUAAUGCAUUCAUCUACCACCUCCGUCUUUGGAAAUGCUGGUCAGACACAUUACGGAGCAGCCAAUUCCUUCAUGGAUUCACUAGCCAUGUACAGACGAGCACACAACCUGCCUGGCCAGAGCAUAAACUGGGGCGCAUUGUCGGUUGGUAUGGCAGGUGACGAAACAAUUCGAAAUAAUCUCGAAGCGCAGGGAUAUUACGUACUUGAAACAGAUAAUAUCAAGGAAUGCCUUAUGGAUUCCUUACUUCGAAACCCAUGCCAUAUACUCUACGGUCUGUUUGACUGGAAUAUUAUAAAAAAAACAAUCACAUCAUGAUGCGAACGUCUGCAUUUGACAAAGAAGAAAAAGUGGAAACCAGUAAAUCGUCAGUCCAGCGACGUGCCGUGAAUACUGUCCUCAAUAUUCCCAAGUUUAUUGAAUUAUCAUUUGAAAAUCAGAAAGAGACACUCAAACACAUGUUGAUUCGCUGCAUCUGUAGAGUUUUAUCGGUAGAUGAAAACGAAUUGCAAGAAAAACAAAACCUCAUCAGUCUAGGUAUGGAGUCGCAGAAAGCUGUAGAAUUAAUCCAGUUGGUCAAUGAAACCACAGGUUGUCGACUUCCGGUAGCUUAUAUCCUAUCUCCAAAUUAUACUACAGGAAUGCUGAUCGAUUUUGCACAUACAAACAUCAUUAGUAAAUUCAACACGGUGGUAACGGAAUCUUAAGAAAUAAAAGAAGACGCACACGGGUCUCCAUCGUGGAUGGAAAUGUACUACAUUGACAUGCGUGACAAGAAUCCACAAGACUCGAGUCUUUGGUUCAGCAUUGAUUUCAAACUAGGAUCUGGUCUGUCAGAUAUACAAAUGUGGGGUACGGUCUUGCGAUGGAUCACAAUCAGAAAUCCGGAAUUGCGAACGGUGUUUCAACCUACUGAUAGGAAUUUCAGAUUUGGAAUUAGGAAGGUUAUUCUCGAUCCAGAAGAUGCAAAGAUAGACUUUCGGUGCGUUGACUAUCUCGUGAUAACGAGUCCGAUAGAUCAAGAUAUUACCAGAUAUUGCACAUUCGAUAUUACAACCGAUCCGCCAUUGCGGGUCCUGUAUUGUAACAGUGGAAAGAAACAUCGUAUAAAGUUUAUCAUUAGUCACGUCAGUUUUGACUUGCAAGGCUUCUUUACACUAGUUCCACAGUUCCGACUCUACUUAUUAGCGUAUGUUUUUAAGAAGAAUAUUACAGUUGAACCUGUAGAGACACUGGAUAUAGCUGUACUCAUGGAAGAACGUCUCGAUACAGAGAGGUCGUAUUUGGAGAAUUUUUGGAGAGGAGAGCUUGAUAAGAUAAAUGGUGUACCGUCAAUAGUCAGCUCUGUAAUACCCGUACCGAUGUCGGAGAAGACCGAGAAAAUAUCGCUACAGCUUCCAAAAGAGGUGGUAAAUAAAAUCCAUUCCAACGACUAUCACGUGACAGCACCUAUGCUACUCUUCAGUUUGUAUCAAAUUCUUCUCCAAAGAAUGAUACGUGUGUCUGCAAUUCCUGUUGUUAUGACAAUAGACAUGCGCCGACAUUUUCCCGAGUUCAUCGACAGAAUAUUUCUGGGCACAAACUAUGUACCCGUCAUAACAGAUUUCCAAAACAACAAUUCAACAUUACGGGAAGGUAUUUCUGCUUGUUCCAAUCAAGCUAUGGUCACCAGUGCCUGCAAUCUGUACCCGUUCCAUCUGAUUAAGGAGGUCGACGUUAAUAAACAAAACAGUUUCCGACAUUUUUUCAAUAUCAGAGAUAUAUCACAACAGCCAACCAGACGUACUCAACCUGCCAACUACUACAUGGAAAGUAAAAGCUAUGACACAGGCUUUCUAAACCUAAUCGAAACAGCCUUGAAUGUUGUGACUAACCACGAGGAUGGAUCUGUAGAAUUAGUGCUGAGUUAUGAAUCGGAAGUUGUUAGUUCAUCCAAAGCGAAGACAAUGCUUGAUGACUUCUCAUUAUUGGCCAGUGCUGCUGUUACGUAUCCGGAUAUCCGGUUAAGCGAUAUUCAAUUAGAGUGCUGUGAAAACGAUGCUUCUGAUAAGAUGGACAAAAGUCUGUCAUCUGCGAUAUUUUUGAAAGAGACGUCAAAAUUCUGGGAGUACCCGGUACAGUUGAAAGUGGAUUGCAUGAACAAUGUGCCUCAUAUAUCAUGGACUAAGCCAGAGAAAAAGGGGUCUUCACUUCGGAGGAUCUUCAUCCCAUGUAUCGUCGAUGUAGACAUCAACAGACUAAAUGAUUCCUGGUGUCUAUUCAUCCAGACAACAAAGAGACGGUACUGCUUUAAAAUGAGUGACUACUUCAUGGUCCGAGCCUGGAAAGGAAGAAUCCGGAAAUUGAUAUCCAGCAACAGGUAGAAUUAUGGACAAAUAAGCGUAUGAAAUCAACAUUCAACAAUGUGAGACAGCGAUUAGAAGAUGUUCAGACGAAUCCACUGCAGUAUCAGUAGAGUGUACAUACAUGUAUGUGGUCAGUACUCGGAGAAAAACCACCGACCUACGGUCAGUACCUGGCAACUGCCCCACGUAGGUUUCGAACUCGCAACCCAGAGGUGGAGGGCUAGUGUUAAAGUGUCGGGACACCUUAACCACUCGGCCACCGCGGCCCCUUAAUCUUAACUAAGGAACUUUCCUUAAGUUAUGUAAUGAUUUCCCAAAACAUUAAGUUAAAAGAAUUUCCUUACAUUAAGGAUAUUAAUGUUACUGGAUGACCUUAUCAUCUUUUUAUUGUGUCACCAUCACCUAUCAUAAUCCUUUAUUUGCUUUCCUUUCGAAAAGAAACACAUUUGAAAUUCUCCGUACAUACAGGACGAUGAUUAAUAGCGAAGACCUACUCAAGGCGUUUUAUUUAUAUUUUAGCAAAGAUAUUAAUGAGACCCGUCAGCAGUUUUACACAGAUAAUUAGUGUACUGACAUUUGCUUUUGCCACUUUCAAUAAAUUACUAAAAUACGGUUACUCUCAUAACAUCAAUAUCUGUCUUGGGUUGAAGUUAAAGUAAUUAAUUAAUUUGUAUAUGUUCCUUGCUCACAUAUAUAUCUCAUUCAAACUCUUUUUAUUUAGUUAAGGGUUCGUCCGAGGGAAAAGGACAUUAGGUAAUGAUUCCUGUUCUAGACACCGUUUAUAAUUAAACAUGUAUUAGUACAGUCUGAUAGUAUAAAGGGCAGCUAAGCACUUAGCUUAAUUUAUGCAUCGUGAGGCCUGCACAUUUCCAAAUUUUCGUAUUAUUUUGCUACAAAUUAUACACGAGUUAUUUCCCUUUAUAACUUAUAUUUCCAUACAUACUUAUCUGCCCCUGUCAAGCAGCUAGGAAUUAUGGGUAGCAGCUUUCGACGCGCGCCAUUAAAAAAUUGUCAACAAAGAUUUGUAAUUUGAAAUAUUCUACUAAUUUCCUGAGUUCCUUUGGUCUUCACACUUAACCCACCCACUUCCUCCCCUGAUUCUUCUAUCUUCUUAUUUUAUGUUUACUAUAUUGGAUGAUGUUUCACAUGCCUGUAUGAAGGCGGAGUUUGGCAACCCCCACACAGGCUUUUGUUGUAAUUGACCACCAUUGUCAUUUUUAGAUGUUUAUUUUUGGACGUUUUUUAAUUAUUGUGUUAUGCUAUGUUAAUUUUGUAUUGUUAAUUUGUAAUAUGUUUAGAAUUGAUAUUAAAUGUCACCAUAUGCCAUAUAUGGUGGCCAUUUUCAAUCUAUACAUUCUUUUUGUUGUCUGUGACAGGACCGAAGAUGCAUAAAUAAGAUUACAAGUUAUACAAGUAGUAUUCACUGAGGCCGAGUACACGAGUACACAUCAUUAGAUGUGUUGUGUGUGAGUGAUUGUGAGGGUGUGUGUGUGUGUGUGUGUGUGUGUGUGUGGGUGUGUGUAUGUGUGUGUGCAAGGAUGUAUGUGUGUGUCAUGUAGGAUGUAGGUAUGCAAGUCUGUAUCAUAAAGAGUACAUGUUUAUAGAAUCGAUUAUAAAUUAUCAUUCUACUCUGAAUAUCUUUGUAAUAUAACCAAUGACGCUUACAUUCCUUCAACUAUUUCUUUACAUAUAUAUAUAUAUAUAUAUAUAUAUAUAUUUCACUGUCUAUAUUUACUUAUUCACUUUACUCUGUAUAUAUGUGGUACCUUUGGAGAGGACUUAUAUAGG